AUGGAGGAUAUUAUGCAAAGGCUUAGGAGCAAGGACAUAACCGUCCAACAAAAAGCCGCCGCUGAUCUUCGGCUGUUGGUCGAGGGGCAGCCGAAUAUAUUAAACGAAGCUAAUAAGCCAAUAUUUGAGAUGAUGCAAGGAGAUACUUCAGACAAAAUCGGUGGUAUCUUAGCAAUAGAUGCACUUAUAGUUAAUAAUAUUGAGACGACUACCCUCGCACGCUUUACGAGUUAUCUAAAGAUGGUUCUACCAGGUGUCGAUCCACAAAUCAUGAUAUUAGCAGCAAAGGCAUUAGGGAGGCUGGCUAUGCCUGGUGGCCCUGUGACCGCAGUGUUCGUACAGAGUGAAGUAAACAUUGCUUUAGAAUACCUACAAGGCGAUAGGCAAGAAAACCGAAGACAUGCAGCAGCUCUCGUUCUUCGUGAAUUGGCUGCAAAUGCGCCGACGCUCAUAUACACAUAUGUACCGCAGAUAUUGGAGAUGAUAUGGGUUGGAUUGCGCGACCCGAAAGUCGCCAUACGAGAAGCAUCAGCAGAGGCAUUAAGUGCAUGCUUACAGAUUAUUCAUGAACGUGAGAAUAGUCAAAAACAGCAGUGGUACACGAAGAUAUACGACGAGGCGGGAAGAGGGUUAAAGACAAAUAACGCAGAUCACAUACAUGGAUCGCUUUUAGCGUAUCGUGAGCUACUGCGUCAUGCUCAAACAUUUAUGCAAGAGAAGUAUAAAAACGUCGCAGAUGCAGUUUUACGCUUCAAAGACAACAAAGAUGGCCUUAUUCGGCGUACGGUCAUAUCUUUAAUUCCCGAUUUGGCAGAAUUCAAUCCUGCAGAAUUCGUUGCUGUUUAUCUACAUAAGUGCAUGGAUUACCUGCUUUAUCAGCUGAAGAAGGACAGAGAUCGAUCAAUAUCUUUUAUUGCAAUUGGCCAGGUUGCUUGUGCUGUAAAAAGGGAUAUGGGACACCAUAACUUGGAUCAGAUUCUCUCGAACAUUAAGGAAGGAUUAUCAGUCAAGGGGCGCAGUCGUAUUGGCAGCGAAGCAUCAAUAUUCCAAUGUAUUGGCAUGUUAGCGAGAGCUGUUGGACCAGCUCUUACCAAACAUAUGCACGACUUGUUGGAGUCUAUGUUUGCAUGUGGUUUAAGUGAACCACUACGACAAGCAUUGACAGAUUUGGCUACGAACAUUCCUCCAUUAUUACCAAUCAUUCAAGAACGACUGUUGAACAUGCUGUCGAUUAUUUUGAGCGGCCAACCUUUUCGUCAGCCGGGCUCUCCCGUGUCUGAAAGUCAUGAGAUAAGAAGACAUUUUACGACGCAAAUCAACGAUUUGAAAGAUGUCGAACAGACAGUAUUGGCAUUGGUUACUCUGGGAAGCUUUAAUUUUGAGAAUCAUGUUUUGAAUGAAUUUGUGAGGGAUUGCGUGGUUCGAUACCUGGAAACUGACAUUGUCGAAGUGCGUAAGGCGGCUGCCCUGACUUGCUGUCAACUAUUCGCUCGCGAUAAGAUAUUGGAACAGACCAGCCAGCAUGCUAUACAGGUUGUCAAUGAAGUCUUGGAAAGGCUAUUGACGGUCGGAGUAGCUGACCCUGAAAUAAGUAUAAGAGAAACUGUUCUGUCAAAUCUUACCGAGAGGUUUGACCGACAUCUGGCUCAGGCAGAAAAUAUCCGAUCUUUGUUUAUUGCUUUGAAUGAUGAGGCAUUCUCCAUCCGAGAAAUUACCAUCACAAUAAUAGGUCGAUUAGCAGCGUACAAUCCAGCUUACGUCAUGCCUUCGCUUCGAAAGACAUUGAUACAACUUCUUACUGAAUUGGAAUACUCUUCCGUAAGCCGGAACAAAGAAGAAAGUGCACGACUAUUGAGCCUCCUGGUAUUCGCAUCGCAAAGGCUAAUAAAACCAUAUGUAGAGUCGAUAUUAUUAGUACUCUUACCUAAAUCACGAGACAACAGCCCAGCAGUGGCAUCCAGUGUACUGGCGGCACUUGGCGAAUUGGCGCGUGUUGGUGGUGAAGACUUGACAGAUUAUUUGGAUAAACUAAUGCCACUGAUCAUUGAUGCGCUUCAAGAUCAGAGCUCCACAACAAAAAGGGAUGCCGCCUUGAAGACUCUUGGGCAGCUUGCUAGUAAUACUGGAUUUGUUAUUGAGCCAUAUCAAAAGUACCCUCAGCUGCUCAAUAUAUUAAUUAAUAUUUUGAAGACCGAGUCUUCGGUUUCAAUAAGAAGGGAGACUGUUAAACUAAUUGGUAUUCUUGGCGCAUUAGAUCCAUAUAGACAUAAGAUAAAUAUUGGCCCCUCGGAUGAUUCUCUUUCAGAUAUGAAACCAUCUAAUGCUGACGUGUCUCUGCUAAUGAUGGGGCUGGGUCCACAGUCAGAGGACUAUUACCCAACUGUCGUCAUUAACGCGUUAAUGAAGAUAUUGAGAGAUUCGACCCUGGCUACUCAUCAUACAGCUGUGAUCCAAGCUGUCAUGUUCAUAUUCAAGGCUCUCGGAUUGAAAUGUGUUCCUUUUCUGCCACAAAUCACUCCGGCGUUUCUAAGUGCAAUGCGAACGUGUCCAGCCGGCAUGCUUGUCUUUUAUUUUGAACAGCUUGGAUCACUCGUAUCUAUAGUUCAACAACAUAUCAGGAAUUAUCUACCGGAUAUUUUUUCCCUUGUUCAAGACUACUGGAAUCCAAGCUCAACUACUCAAACCACCAUUAUUUCACUAGUUGAAGAAAUUUCCAAAGCAUUAGACGGUGAAUUCAAGAAUUACUUACCAAAAUUAUUGCCACUUAUGCUCCAAAUAUUCGAAGAAGAUAAAACUGAUAAGCGCCAGCCAACAACGAAAGUUCUUCACGCAUUUGUCGUUUUCGGUACCAACAUAGAAGAAUACAUGCAUUUAGUGAUUCCUGUAAUAGUCAAGUUGUUUGAGAAGCCGGAUGUCCCCACGUCACUCCGAAAAGCAGCUAUUGUGGCAGUAGGACAAAUGUCAAAGAAAGUAAACUUCUCUGAUCACGCCUCUAGAAUUAUUCACCCACUGGCACGCGUAUUAGCUAUGCCAAUAUACGACUUGCGGAUGGCUGCAAUGGAGACUCUAUGUGCCCUUGUUUAUCAGCUUGGCUCGGAUUACGCUAUUUUCAUUCCAAUGAUAAACAAAGUGCUGCAAAAACAUCGUAUUCAACAUCAGAAGUAUGAAAUUCUAGUAUCAAAGCUACUGAAAGCAGAGCCAUUACCUCAAGAUAUUGGUCCCGACAUCGACAAAUUUGACAGUCACAAGGAAGAGAGACCCACUGCCGAAGCAAGUUCAAAGAAAUUGUCAGUGAAUCAACAACAUUUGAAAAAUGCGUGGGAAUGUUCGCAAAAAUCAACGAAAGAUGAUUGGAAUGAGUGGAUACGCCGCCUAAGUGUUGAGUUAUUGAAAGAAUCACCUUCACCCGCACUGAGAGCUUGUGCAAGUUUAGCAGGAGUAUAUCACCCUCUCGCAAAAGAACUAUUUAAUGCAGCCUUUAUUUCAUGUUGGUCAGAGCUUUAUUAUCAAUACAAAGAUGAAUUAGUUGUGUCUCUUCUGACAGCUAUACGAUCACCUAGCACAUAUACCGAGAUUGUAUCAACCAUACUGAAUCUUGCUGAAUUCAUGGAACACUAUGAUAGGCCGCUUUCAAUUGACAUUGGGCUGCUUGGACAAUUUGCGGAAAAAUGUCAGGCAUUUGCUAAAGCGUUGCACUAUAAGGAAAUGGAAUUCUUAAAGGAGCCAACUAAAGAGACCGUCGAGAAACUUAUCCAAAUCAAUAAUCAGUUACAACUGCCAGAUGCUGCUAUAGGCAUAUUAACACACGCACAGCAGACACCAGGUUUACAAGAUUUACAGCUAGAAGAGAAUUGGUACGAGAAAUUAAAUCGGUGGGACGAUGCGCUGGCAGCAUACGAAAAACGGCGAGAAGAAGAUCCGAAUGACCUGGAAGCUACCCUCGGCGUUAUGCGUUGUUUGAAUGCUCUUGGUGAUUGGGAAGGACUAUCAGGACUCGCUCAGGAGCAAUGGAUAGAUUCUACUCCAGAAAUGCGCAAGCAAGUUGCUGGAUUGGCUGCUGCUGGAGCAUGGGCCUUAUGUCAGUGGAACAUGAUGGAAGAUUAUUUACUUAACAUGAGACAAGAGUCUCCCGACCGGACUUUCUUCCAAGCUAUUCUCGCGCUGCACAAAAACCAAUUCUCCGAGUCAAGGAAGUACAUUGACAAAACUAGAGACUUGCUCGAUACUGAGCUAACUGCUCUCGUUGGUGAAAGCUAUAAUAGAGCGUAUAGCGUUGUAGUUCGUGUCCAGAUGUUAGCUGAGCUGGAGGAAAUAAUAACCUACAAGCAGUUCGCCGACCAACCUGACAGACAAGCCACUAUAAGAAAAACUUGGAUGAAGAGAUUAAAAGGAUGUCAGCGUAAUGUUGAUGUUUGGUCGCGCAUUAUGAGAGUACGUGCACUAGUGCUAACACCAAAGGAGAAUAUGGAGAUGAAUAUCAAAUUUGCCAAUUUGUGCAGAAAGAGUGGUAGACUUGAAAUAGCUGAGAAAACGUUGAAGCAGCUACUCGUUGGCGAUCAAAGAAUGGAAGUUAUACAUCCGUCAAUAUUAACAAGAGCUGCAGCACCGGUUGUCUAUGCACACCUUAAAUGGAUGUGGGCGAGCGGUGUUCGUGAAGAAGCAUUGAAUUAUCUUAAAGAAUUUACCACUCGGAUGUCGGGCGACCCACGCUCCAGUAAUGACUCUCUUCUUGCUCGUUGCUAUCUUAAAAAAGGAGAAUGGCAAAUGAUACUCCAAGAUGACUGGGAUGUUGAAACGAUACCUGAUAUACUAAAAUCGUAUGAAUCGGCGACAAGAUUUGAUAAAGAUUGGUACAAAGCUUGGCAUGCAUGGGCUUUGGCAAACUUUGAGGUCAUAACACAUUUUGAGAAAGUACACAGUGCUGAAAAUGCGAGCGAGGAUGGGAAUGUUGCUGAAGCAUCUGUCGAGAAUAAUGCUGAACUUCAACAAGAGGUCUUGCGCUACGUUGUCCCAUCUGUCCAAGGAUUUGUUCAAUCGAUUGCCCUUUCCCAGGGUAGUUGCUUGCAGGACACUUUACGAUUACUUACGUUGUGGUUCAAAUAUGGUUAUCAUGAAGAGGUCUCGCAAGCAAUUAGUAGUGGAUUCAACAGUGUCAGCAUAGACACAUGGCUUGAGGUUAUACCACAGCUCAUUGCCCGCAUUCAUGCCCCCAACGAAAAUAUAAAACGUCUGAUUCACCAAUUGCUAGGAGACGUUGGCAAAGAACACCCUCAAGCUCUUAUCUAUCCAUUAACCGUUGCAUCCAAAUCUCAGAAUCCCCAGCGGCAGAAGGCUGCAGAAGAUGUUAUGGACAAAUUACGUUCUCAUAGUCCUGUUCUUGUAAAUCAGGCAUUACUUGUAAGCCAGGAACUUAUUCGGGUGGCCAUUUUAUGGCAUGAAAUUUGGAUGGAGCAACUGGAAGAGGCCUCUAGAUUGUACUUUAUUGAUCGUAACUUUGAUGCAAUGUUCCAAAUUCUCGAUGAAUUGCAAGAACGACUUGACAAGGGUCCUGUUACAUUGCGUGAAAUAGCCUUUGUUCAAGCUUAUGGGAGAGAGCUUCAGGAGGCGGGCGGAUGGUGUAAGAAGUAUAAACAGACUAAUGAUAUAACUUUCCUAGCACAAGCAUGGCAAAUAUAUCAUGAAAUGUUUAAAAAGAUCACUCAACAAGUCAGCACUAUCACCAGUCUAGAGCUUCAGUAUGUCUCACCCAAAUUACUAGAUGCAAAAGACCUAGAGUUGGCUGUCCCUGGUACAUAUAAGAGUGGGGAACCUGUUAUAAAGAUUGCAAGCUUUCUUCACACAGUGAAUAUAAUAUCAUCUAAGCAACGACCGAGGAAAUUAAUUCUAAUUGGAAGUGACGGGCGGGAAUAUCAAUUCUUAUUGAAAGGACACGAAGACCUUCGUCAAGAUGAACGAGUGAUGCAACUGUUUGGUCUUGUAAAUACACUACUUUCCGUUGAUUCAGAGACAUUCAAACGGCGUCUCAACAUCCACAGAUAUACUGCUACACCACUUACUCCUAACAUUGGUUUAUUGGGAUGGGUUCCUAACUGUGAUACAUUGCAUGCUCUCAUACGCGAUUUCCGAGAAAGCAAAAAGAUUCUAUUAAAUAUCGAGCAUCGACUGAUGCUUCAGAUGGCGCCUGAUUACGAUCAAUGCACAGUAUUACAAAAAGUAGAGGUAUUCGAAUUCGCCCUGGCAAAUACAACAGGACAAGAUUUAUACAAAGUGUUAUGGCUUAAGAGCAAGAACUCUGAGGCAUGGUUAGAUCGAAGGACUAAUUAUACAAGAUCAUUAGCUCUUAUGUCAAUGGUUGGUUAUAUUCUUGGUUUGGGCGACCGGCAUCCUUCGAAUAUUAUGUUAGAUAGAUUUACUGGCAAGAUAGUGCAUAUCGACUUUGGCGAUUGUUUCGAGGUGGCCAUGACACGCGAAAAGUAUCCUGAGAAGAUUCCGUUCCGACUGACACGCAUGCUAAGACACGCCAUGGAAGUCAGUGGAAUAGAAGGCAAUUUCCGUACAACUUGUGAAGCAGUAAUGUCCGUGUUACGCAAGAACAAAGAUAGUUUGAUGGCUGUUCUAGAGGCCUUUGUUCAUGAUCCGUUAAUAAACUGGAGAAUAAUAGCAGCUCCAAGUCCUCGGCAGGGGGAAGGAGAGAACUUGAAUACUGUAGCAGCAAGCAAUCGAAAGGCCCGAGAUAUUAUUCACAGAAUAUCAAAUAAAUUAACAGGCAGAGACUUUAAAGAGAAUCAGGUACUGGACGUGUCCUCACAAGUAGAUAAACUAAUUCAGCAAGCAAUAUCUGUUGAGAACCUCUGCCAAUGUUAUAUUGGAUGGUGUGCCUUCUGGUAG